UGUAAAUGGUGACGUUUACAGGAAAUGCUUGUAGACUGCAAACAGACACAUUUAAUAGAGUCUUGUCAGUUUUGAAUGAGACAACAACUAACCUUAACUCUUAAGAGUAAUGCCGACUUGGUGUUUCAUUUCAAUAUGUGUUUUACUAGGCGUUGUUGUGAGAUGGGGAGUGUCCUUAAAUUCUUACUCCGGGGCAGGAAAAGCGCCAAUGUUUGGCGACUAUGAAGCACAGAGGCACUGGCAAGAAAUAACCUACAAUCUUCCAGUGCAUGAAUGGUACUUCAAUACCACAGACAAUGACUUGAAUUACUGGGGUCUUGACUAUCCUCCUCUGACUGCCUAUCACAGCCUGAUCUGUGCUCAUAUUGCCAAGAUCAUAAACCCUGAAUGGGUGCAGCUUCACAAAUCCAGAGGUUAUGAAAGUACAACACACAAGUUAUUUAUGAGAACAACAGUGCUUGUUGCAGAUGUACUCAUAUACAUCCCUGCCGUUGUAUUAUAUUGUUUAUGGCUGAAUGGUGGCACUAUUAAAAGAAAGAUUUGCACUCUGCUCUGCUUUCUGAUAUAUCCAGGGCUUCUUCUUAUUGACUAUGGACAUUUCCAGUACAAUGCAGUGAGCCUUGGCUUUGCCAUGUGGGCUGUUCUGGCUCUGGGACUGAGCUGGGAUGCACUGGGCUCAGUGGCCUUCUCCCUGGCCCUCAACUACAAACAGAUGGAGCUGUACCACGCUCUGCCCUUCUUCUGCUACCUCCUGGGAAAGUGUGUCAAAAUGGGCCUGUUGGGGCGAGGGUUGUUGAUGUUACUGAAAGUCGCAGCUGCAGUGUUGGUGACUUUUGCCCUCUGCUGGUUGCCCUUCCUGUCUGACCCCGCUCAGACCUUGCAGGUGCUCAGGAGAAUCUUUCCAGUGGCUCGAGGCCUGUUUGAGGAUAAGGUGGCCAACACAUGGUGCAGCUUGAACAUCCUAAUAAAGAUCAGAUCCAUUCUGUCCACUGACUUCCAACUCUACCUCAGUUUGGCCUGCACUGUCCUGGCAGUCCUUCCAUCCUGUAUCAGAGUGUUGACAAAACCGACAUUCUGGCAGUUUAAACUGACCUUGGUCAACUCAUCUCUGGGCUUCUUCCUCUUCUCCUAUCAAGUACAUGAGAAGUCCAUUCUCUUGACAUCCUUGCCCGUCUGUCUCUUCCUGAAUGACUUUCCACUGGUGUGUGUUUGGUUCCUGCAAGCUUCUACAUUCAGCAUGCUGCCUCUGCUUCUGAAGGACGGUCUUCUGGUGCCAUAUGUUGUGACUUCGCUAGGCUUCCUCUUCUUCAGCACAUACUUACUGUCAGCCCUGAAACACGGUUCAGAGGAAGAGCUUGCACUGGGAGCCUACCACAAGCUCUUAUUCUUCCUGCCCAGAAUGGACCUGGCUUGGAUUCUGAGAUGGAAGUUCUAUAUCAGCCUCUCAGCCAUGGCCUGUUUGAGCAUCGCCAGCGUUGCUCUCCCACCUCCACCUCAUUUGCCCGACUUGUUUCCUGUGCUCGUCUCUACUUUUUCUUUCGUUCAUUUCUUGGGGACAUUUCUGUACUUCAACGUCGUCCAAUUCAGUCCACUGCCAAGCAGAAAAGGCCAGAAGAAGAACAAAUAAAUCUUGUAGACACAAAGGUUAUCCCAGCUGUCUUCUGGCAGUAGGUGGGGGGGACACCCUGAAUUGGUUGCUAGCCAAUCGCAAACACACACACGUCUUUAUAUACAAUUCUUGUACAAGCCCUUAAUUGGCCAUCUUGGAAAAACAAAUCACAUUCAGUGAAAUGUAGCAGUCCAACCGCUUUGCAUUCCAGCUAGGAGUGAAUCUCUGAUUUGUUCCUACUAGGCAAUUUUCAAGUAACAUUUUAACAUUCCUGUCUGUCAUAAACUGUUUAUGUAAAAGGACAUGCCUGUAAGAUGCAUUUUCCCACAAUUUCAUACAGUGAAGGACUACGUGUCUAUGACAUGCUUUUUGUCAAAAUACUCCAAGGAUCAAGAAUUAGACAUUUUCAAAACUUUCUUGCCAUUGUGAAAUUGGCUUGUUUUUGGGUCCGAUUGGGCACGUGCGAUGGACCAGCAUUCAUCCCACCUCACAAACUGCUGUUUUCAAGGGUGAAUCCAAAUUUUAUUCAACCAAAACCUAAUGUGAAAGUGGCUGUGUUCCUUUUUUGUUUCCAUACUCAGAGUGAAUUGCUUGCGGCUCGACGGACAGUCGAGUAAAUACAAGUUUCCUGGUAUGGCUCGACUGUUAUCGUGCUAAAUACUUUCCACAAACUGGACCGCUAAUAAGAGAGAAAGCGAAUUCCAUAACAGUAACUAUGGGCAUCGAAGACUUUGAAGCGUCCCGUGGCUGGCAUCAAAAAUUCAUUGCACAACAUCAGCUUAGCAACGCUGUCUUGUGUGGUGAUCGAGAAGAGGUCAAGUUUGAUGCAGUGAGUGAGUGGAAAGAAACCACCAGGUCUUUUACUUGUGUCAUUUUGUAGCAAAUAGUCCCAACUAUGGUAUAUUUUGUCACCUACUUGUACUGUAUGCUGCAGGUUUGGGGCAAUAUAUUAUUGCACUUUGUUGCUUGUGUUGUCACACAUGUAUGUUGUUAACAUACUUGGACGUUCAUACAGGACAUAUACCACAGUUGGUUCACUGUUAUCAUUAUUUUUAAAAAAAAGGUAAUACUUUAAUGCUUUUGUUCUGUUGAUGUUUGGUAUGGACUGUCAACAUAUACAGUUUUUUAUAUGAACCGUAUCUUGUGCUGACCCGGCCCAUCUGCCAAAUUUCGAAAUCAAUGUGGCCCCUGAGCCAAAAAGUUUGCCCACCCCUGCUUGAGAGGUUCACCCAAAUUAAUGAGUAGAAUGAGAAUAGUUAGCUAGAUUUCAUGUCACUUCUCUCCUGGCAAUUGUAUCCAAUUCUUUGCAAAGCUGUUCGUUUUGGUGAAAUUGCCUUUUCCUUGGAAUUAACUCGUCAUCUUAAAAGGACUGAAUGGAUGGUGCUUAGCACUAUUUUUCUUUUUUAGACUGCAUAUUUUUUUUACAUGCCAUGCAAGUGAUUGUGUACAGAUGUAUUUUAAUCAGAAAACAAAAUAAAGUUGCCUGCAACCCCAAGUGAA